AUGCGAACUGACACCGGCUUAGACGUCUUCGCUGUGAACAAAUCCCUCGACUCAGCCCUGAAGAAAAACACCGCCUUCAUCAAGCGCCUCCGCACGGGAAUGAGCGCGCCCGCCCUGUCCACCUUCCUCGCCGAUAUCCGCACCCUUUCGCUGCACAAGUACCUCUCCGAAAUCAUCUCUGCGUGCUACGAAGGCCUAUGCAAGCUCAAGUCACCCGGCGAAAUUGCCGCGGGGGUCGAGGUCGUUAGUGCUCUGCACCAGCGCUUUGGGCCCGCGGAAUACACUCGCCAGGUGGCGUGGCUGCUAGGCCGGGGAUUGAGCACGCCGGACAAAUCACAACUUAAGGCGCUGAGCCAGGAGCUGCGCGAACGAGAGGAGAAGGACCGGUUAUCGAGACAUCGGGUUCUGCUGCGCGUUGUGACGGAGCUGUGGCUGGUGGGUGUGCUGAGGACGUUGGAUGAUGUCGAACGGCCUGAGGAUCUGGGUGCCAAGGGGAAGGAUGGUAUGGGAGGAGGGAAACCGUCCGAGACACCGCUGAAAUCGAAACCGCCUUCUGCUGCCGCGACGGCGAAGGAUCAGGAGAAACCGGCCGAGCCGUUUCCGUUGGAGGUUCUGAAGGAGCUGCUGGGCCACGAUCGAGACCAUGCGAAUUUGCCGCUUGCCGUGUUGUUUGUCAAGAGCUUUAGCUGGGAUAUCCUCGGAUCGAAGCUGGCGGAGGAUGGCCGGAAGACUGUUGAAGCGGAUGGUGCUACCACGACUGGCGCGGAUGCGGCGAAUGCGGACGGAGAGGGAACCACUACCGCCGAGGCUGAUGCGCCGCUUACACCGGAAAAGACGCAGCAGCGAUUUCGGAACAUUUUGAACCGCUACCUGGAGGAUGUCAAGGCCCAUGUUAUGCGGGACCAGCGCGCACUCGCAAACCAGAGCCGUCGAAAUGCCGAGGCGUAUGUCAAGAGCGGCGAGAUUUUUGAGGAUCGUCAGGCGAACUUUGAGAAGCAGACGAAAUCCCUGGAGAAGCUUGUGGCCAACACUCAGGUGCUGUGUGAGGCGCUGGGGGUUGAGAUGCCCGAUCUGGUGGAGAAGGAGCCCACAGAUGCUGCCUCGAGUGGUGGAAUUGGCCUGGUCAAGACUACAGACUACCUGCGCGGACAAACCGAAGGGGCAGGGAUUUGGGAAGACGAGGAAGAGAGACGGUUCUACGAGAAUCUGAUGGACCUGAAGGGCAAAGUACCGGCCGUUUUGCUGGAGGAUGGCAAGAAAAAGAAGGGUGAAGCGGAAGAGACCGGCAAGAAGAAGGCUGAUGGGGAAACUGUCUCCGAAUCCACAGAAGCGGCAGACGAAAAGACUGCAGGGGAGGAUGACCAGUCGACUGCAAUCGCCAGCAAGACUGUCGGAGCGCAAGUCGAUGCCCUCUUGGCCAAGCUUCCGGAGCUGCAGAUCAAAGACCAGGUCGAUCAACUGGCGCUGGACUUCUGCUUCGUCAAUUCCAAGGCCUCCCGCAACCGCCUAGUCAAGGCUGUUUCGGACAUCCCCAAAGGCCGCUCUGACCUCUUGCCCCUGUACUCUCGCCUGGUGGCCACCCUCGGCCAGUACAUGCCGGACAUUCCGCAGGGAAUCACGACGUAUCUCGACGAAGAAUUCCGCAGUCUGCAGCGGCGCAAAUCCAAGGAAUUUCUGGGGCAGGUGCGCAUGAGCAAUGUGCGCUAUCUGGCCGAACUGACCAAAUUCGGCGUCGUGCCCGAACACAUCAUCUUCCAUUGCUUCAAGGUUUCGCUGGAUGACUUCUCGCGCAUGAAUAUCGAGAUUAUCGGCAAUCUUCUGGAGAACUGCGGCCGCUACUUGCUGCGCAACCCGGAGACCUCGCCGCGGAUGGCUUCGUUUCUGGAGACGCUCAGCCGGAAAAAGACCGUGCAGCACUUGGGGCAGCAGGAGCGCAUGGUCAUUGAAAAUGCCAUCUACUACGUCGACCCGCCUCCACGUCCAGCUAUUCAACAGAAAGAACGCACGCCCAUGGAGCAGUAUAUCCGACGCCUGAUAUACCUGGACAUGAACAAGCGCAACUACACCCGGAUUCUCAAAACAAUUCGAAAACUCCACUGGGAAGAACAGGAGGUGGUCGAUAUUCUUGAGCGGGUCUUCAGCAAGCCCGUCAAGGUGAAAUACGGCAGCAUUCACCUCCUGGCUAUCCUGAUCAGUGCGCUGUACCGGUAUCACCAGGAUUUCGUCAUCGGUGUCGUGGACAACAUCCUGGAACAGAUUACUCUGGGCCUCGAGCAGAAUGACUUCAAAUUCAACCAGAAGCGCAUCGCGGAAGUAAAGUACUUGGGUGAGUUGUACAACUACAAGAUGAUUGACUCGCCAGUCAUCUUUGACACGCUAUACCGCAUCAUCACCUUCGGUCACGAAGGCGGCACCCCCGUUCCGGGCAAGAUUAAUGUCUUGGACAUGCCAGACGAUUUUUUCCGCCUUCGUCUCGCUUGUACCCUCCUCGAUACGUGUGGCCACUGCUUCGAUCGGGGCUCCCCAAAAAAGAAGCUGGACUUUUUCCUGUGCUUCUUCCAGUACUAUCUCUUCACGAAAGAUCCGUUACCCAUGGAUGUCGACUUCCUAGUCCAGGAUACCUACUCCGCCAUUCGUCCGCAGUGGAAACUAGCCACCGAACCGGAAGAAGCGACGCGCAUUUUCAGCGAGGCUGUUGCGCAGAACUACAAGCUGCAGGACUCCGAGAGACCCGUCGACCCGGAGCUGGAGGAUGAAGAUGCAGAGAGCAGUUCGUCCGAUGAUGGGCUGGAGGACUUUGCCAUGCCCGAGAUUGAUGAUGAGCAGGAGCAAGAGUCUAGCGAGGAGGGCGAGGGAGAGGCAUCCGGUCCGAACGCCGAUGCAAAUGGCGAGAGCGACGACGAGUCAGAAGAUGAGCAGAUCAUCGUCACGCGACAGGAAGAGGAGCGUGACCCUGAAGCUGAGGCGGACUUUGAUCGCGAGUUCGAGAAGAUGAUGGCCGAAAGCAUGGAUUCGCGCCGCUUCGAGCGGAAAGCUGUUUUCGAUAUCCCGCUCCCCAUGAAACGGCUCACCCGUGAGACCGCAUCCUCAGAAUCUGGUCCUGUUCCUGCCCCUGGCCCUGGCCCUGUGCCUGAGGUCCCGGCUGCGGAACCGGUUGCCGAACCGGCGGCAGCAUCUGCUGUACCUGCGCCUCCCAAAACAAUGGCGUUUUCGUUGAUGACCAAGAAGGGGAACAAACAGCAGACACGAACCAUCGACCUCCCCUCGGACUCAAGUUUCGCUGUCGCCAUGCGCAGCCAACAACAAGCAGACCGUGAGGAACAGCGGCGCAUCAAGAACUUAGUUCUGAACUACGAGGCCUCGACCGAACCAGAGCCAGGCGAAGGCGAGUCUUAUCCAGCACUCCCUGAAAAGCGCACCCCGCAGAGAAUGGAUAAAUCCAGCGCCAAUCGCGCCGCGUUCCGCUCCAGGAAACUUCAGCUUAGUGAUGUGAAUUGGUAG